AUGACCACGAGUUUCCAUACUCAAAGUUCUCGUAGAAGCUCAGAGACUUCCUUAUCUGAUCAAGAUUGUUGGCGCUUCAGGAGUGCAUUAAAAUUAUCGAUGCUAAUGUGGAAGAAACUCCCUCUGAUCCUUGUGGAAGAUGUAAGUUAUGAGGAGUUUGAAAAAAAAUGUGAGGGUGCAAAUGCAUCAAAAUUCUGGGAAUAUCGAGAUGGAACUGUAGUCAUAUUCGAGUUGCCAAAUCGUGAUCAUGAAGCUGCACACGGUGAAUUCACCGAACAAUUCUUAUCUGCUUUUGCAAAUUUGCCAAGUCGAGACAAAGUCAAAUUUGUCGGAUCGACAAACACCCAAUUCUGGUUAGCCCCAAAUCGUGUAGAAGAUGUAAUUGUAUUAAAAUUAUGGAAAUCGAAAUCAAGUGAUCAAAACGGAACACCUUUGCGCCGUUUAACAUGCUAUAAAUUCUGUCGUAGAAGAAGCCCUCGAAAUACACGUGGAAAUUACCUACCAGUUCAAACAAUUGAAUUUGGAAAUAUUGAUGAAAGAAAUCGACCAUAUAACGGAUGCACCGCUCAAGGAAUGUGUACUUUGAAUAUUUCACCACAUUGUAUUUACAGAGGGUGUCCUCGUCAACGAUCGCGAAUAAUGUAG